AUGGACCUGGUGGAGCAGCACUACCGGAACCCGAUGGACGAGGUGCAGAGGUUCUUUGCUGCGAAGCACGCCAGGCACUACAAGGUGUACAACCUGUGCGCGGAGCGGGUGUAUAACGACCCCAACGCCUUCGAGGAGGUCUACACCAAGGCGGACGGCGGAGGGGCCGUGGAUGGGCAGGGAGGGGAGAGAUACGCCUGGCACGAGGGUUAA